UUUUUUUUUUCUACUUUGCCUUCUUGACUAUUUCCCUUCUUCUUUCUCUUUAUGAUUAUGAACGAUCAAACAAGUGCUAGUGGCAUGACUGUGAUCCACAAAAAACUCCAAGGUUACGUUGGCUUUGCCAAUUUGCCUAAUCAGGUGCACAGAAAAUCAGUAAAAACUGGAUUUCAGUUUACCUGUAUGGUAGUUGGUGAAUCUGGUUUAGGCAAAUCUACAUUGGUCAAUACCUUGUUUCAUUCUCAGCUAUACCCAACAAAGGAACUACCGGAAUUGACGACAGAAGUUUCACAGACAGUGGAGAUCAAAUCUAUCACAUCAGACAUUGAAGAAAACGGUGUUAAAUUGAGAUUGACUGUGGUUGAUACACCAGGUUUUGGUGAUUUUGUUAAUAAUGAAGAAAGUUGGAGGCCUAUCUUGGACAACAUUGAAUCAAGAUUUGAUGCUUAUCUUGAGCAAGAAAAUCGUGUGAAUCGUCGUCGUAUGGUGGAUAACCGUAUUCAUGCCUGUCUUUACUUUAUUGCACCCACAGGCCAUGCCUUGAAGCCCUUGGAUAUCGAAUUCAUGCGUCGUCUUCAUACCCGCGUCAAUUUGAUUCCUGUGAUUGCCAAGGCAGAUACAUUGACAGAAGAAGAAGUUGCUGCCUUUAAGGAGCGCAUUUUGGCUGACAUUGCUUAUCAUAAAAUUCAAAUCUAUCAAGCUCCUGUGUACGAAUACGACGAUCAAGAAACCAUUGCAGAAAACAAGGAAAUCAUGUCCAAGAUUCCAUUUGCUGUUGUUGGUUCUGACAAGGAAUUCGAAAUUGACGGUGGUCGUCGUGUGCGUGGUCGUAAAUAUCCUUGGGGUGUAAUUGAGGUUGAUAACGAAGAACACUGUGAUUUUGUUAAGCUUCGACAAAUGUUGAUCCGUACACAUAUGGAAGAAUUAAAAGAAUAUACCAAUGAUGUCCUUUACGAAAAUUAUCGUACUGAGAAACUAGCUGCGAUGGGCAUUCAACAAGAUUCUUCUGUAUUUAAGGAAGUCAAUCCUACACAAAAGAUGGAAGAAGAAAGGUUUGCUCAUGAACAGAAACUAAGUAAAAUGGAAGCAGAAAUGAGAGCUGUAUUCCAAGCUAAAGUUGCAGAAAAAGAAGCAAAAUUGAAGCAAUCAGAAGUUGAGGUAAAGCAAUAAUAUCUGGAUGAAGAUAAUUAACUUUGAUCAAGUUAUAUGCACGUCAUAAGGAAAUGAAAGAGGCGCUUGAUAAACAACUGGUUGAUUUAGAAGAAAGGAAACAUCGCUUAGAAUUAGGUAGACCCAUGACAUCUGAAAAGUCAAAGAAAAAAGGCUUUUCUUUCAAUAAAUAAUGUAUCUUUAUGAUACGAAAACUGUUUACGCAUUAAACAAUAUCAAG